AUGGCCAUCGGUGCUGGGACAACGGUGCCGGGCGUUGUGAGCGAAGCAGGAACAUGGCAUGCGAAGAAAUCAAGCCUGGAGACCAAUUUCUCCUACCCAAGACUCGUCCAUCAUGAGUCGAGCGAGAGUCGAUCUUCAAUAACAUCAAAUGGCUCCGUGCCUGGAAUGACAGAUUCGUCCGACUCGGAUCUGUCCUUCGACGACGACUGCCACUAUAAUGCAUCCGCCAGCGAGCUGUGGGAUAGUUUCUGGCCUGAGAGUACACUCGCUCCCCAGGAGCAGUAUCCGGCUGUUCUAAGAGCCUCUGUCCUGAGAGCCUCACGGAGCAGGGACUGCUUCAACGUCAUACCGUCGAGGCACCAACCACGGGAUACAGAUGAUGAUACCAUCAGAAUAGGUCAAUGGGAGCAGUAUGUAACCAAGCCCGCUGAACGACCGCAUUCUCGCUCUGGAUCGCCGUCAUCGCCUCCACGACCAGCCUCCUCCCGAAGAGCACCAGCCCCGGCGGUCUCAUACUCGGUCUAUCCCAAGCCAUCACUAUCAGAUAUCCGCCGCGCUGCCCUCCCACCACGAAGUUCAUCCCUGAAUACGGAGCAGCAGCAGCCUCCGCCUUCGCCACCACGACGAGUCCCAUUCCUCAGGACCAGCAAGUCUAGCGUGGCCUUGAAGUCCAGCAUGGCUUUGAAACCCAGCAAAUCAUCUCACAACCUCCGCCCACUUUACAUCGCCCAACCUCGUUUAUUGCCCAGCUCCAAGCCCUCUCCAUCUUUCUAUCUUGCAGAAUCAAAGAGUAGAUUGCCGGAGAAUAACACUGCUGCUGCCACCAAGUCAGUCCCCGUCUCUCCCGCCUACCCGCCGCCACCCGCUCCACGGAGCCUUCGGCCUAGCAAGUCGGCCUUCAAUAUACGGGCCAACAGGCCUACCUAUACCCGGCAGAACUCCAGUGGACAACAACACAGCCACAUCGCCCACCAGGCCGCAAUACCCCUGACGCCACUCAUCCCCUCGACACUGCUGAAGCCGGAAGCAGACUCUUCCCCAUCGCGAGCCCCACGCCCACAAGUCGAGCGCUUCGUGUCCGUCUUCGAGUUCGACUCGGAAGGCGAGUCCGAAGCCGGCGGGGGCGAGAACGGGAACGGCACAACAGGCGGCCUCGCCAAGCGCAUCGCGCGCGGUCUGCACCACCACAAGAAGAAGAGCAGCACGGAUCGGAGCCGCCCGGGCCUCGUGCGCGCCAACUCGAGUCCCGGUCCCGUCAUCGUCGCCGCCGUGGAUAAGGACAACAGAGAGAAGGUGGUGGGCGAGAAGGAGAGAGAUAAGAGCCCCGAAAGAAGUCUGGGCCGCAAGCGAGGUGGGAGCUUGGUUCGGAUCUUCGGCCUUAAGGGUCGCUGA